AGGUUUUAGUUCUUCAUCUGGGUUUUAGUUACAGAUGAUGAAUUCAUGAGAAAUUGGUUGCGUGUUUUGUAUGAGAAAAUUCGUUUAAGCAUUCGUAGUUUUCGCUGAAUUCGAUCUUACAAAUCGCCAUGGAUAUCGAUGUCGGACCCGUUGAUCCAUCUGUCCUCUACGAGCAAGAUCUCCAUGUUUCUUCUGCUAUUUGGGAAGGACAGGAAAGAGGGCUGCUUCGUUGCCAAGAACACACUUCAUUACUUCAUCAAUGGAAACUCACUGACGAACAAAUCAAGCUCGUGGAAAAAGCCGGUUUCGGAUUCUUCCGCAAAAUCGGUCCAAUGAGUCUAAACAAUUCGUUAAUAUCAGCUCUCGUUGAGCGAUGGAGGAGGGAAACCAACACUUUUCAUCUCCCUCUAGGAGAAAUGACUAUAACCCUAGACGAAGUAGCAUUGGUUCUUGGUCUCGAGAUUGAUGGAGAUCCCAUUGUUGGUUCUAAAGUAGGAGAUGAGAUUGCCAUGGAUAUGUGUGGAAGACUCUUAGGGAAACUCCCAUCUGCUGCGAACAAAGAAGUUAAUUGCUCGAGGGUUAAGCUUAAUUGGCUUAAAAGAACGUUCUCUGAAUGUCCUGAAGACGCUUCUCCUGAUGUUAUCAAAUGCCAUACUCGAGCUUAUCUCUUGUAUCUUAUAGGUAGCACCAUUUUUGCUACUACUGAUGGUGAUAAAGUCUCUGUGAAGUAUUUGCCUUUGUUUGAGGAUUUUGAUCAAGCUGGUAGAUAUGCUUGGGGAGCUGCUGCGUUGGCUUGUCUUUACCGAGCGCUUGGUAACGCGUCGCUUAAGUCUCAGAGCAAUAUUUGUGGCUGCUUGACAUUGCUACAGUGUUGGAGUUACUUUCACUUGAAUAUUGGUAGACCAGAGAAAUCCGAAGCAUGUUUCCCGCUUGCUCUUUUGUGGAAAGGUAAAGGAAGUAGAUCCAAAACCGAUCUAUCUGAGUACCGUAGAGAGCUUGACGAUCUUGAUCCAAGCAAGAUCACUUGGUGCCCGUUUGAAAGGUUUGAGAACAUGAUCCCUCCACACAUUAAAGCCAAGCUGAUUCUAGGAAGAUCGAAAACGACUCUUGUUUGCUUCGAGAAGAUAGAAUUGCAUUUUCCAGAUAGGUGUUUGAGGCAGUUUGGGAAACGCCAGCCGAUACCUCAGAAAGUGAAACGCCGUGACAGAAAGAACCGGAGGCUCGAUGACUUGGACACAUCAAUGAGUCUAGCGUGCGAGGAAUGGGCUGAACGUGGAGACCACAUCGUGGACAGUCCUGGAGGUGGCAACGUGGUGGAUGAUGGAGCUUACAUGGAAUGGUAUGCUCGGAUCAGUAUCACCAAACUGUACCGUGAAGCAUUUCUCGAGUCCCAAGUCAUGAAUAUGAUUGCUUGUAUGAGGGAAUUUGAGGAAGCUGCUUCAGUGAUUUCACUGGAGCGAUUGUCUCCUGUAGAGAGGGAAGUUAUGGAGAGUGUGAAAGAUACAUUCUCUAAUAGUUUGACGUUUGGAGGAUGGCAAGAGGUGGCGGUUAACAGUGGUUAUGGGAAGCGACGGCGUCGGAAUGAGCAAACUCCGACGACGAAUAAUGGUGGUGGUGUGUAUAUAUAUCAUUGGCCAUUUGGUGUGAAUGACAAUGGCAGAACUUCUAUUAAAAAUAAAAUAUAAUGACAGUUUAAUUCAUAUGGCCUCCUUAUCAUCUAUCUCAUCUGCUGCUGUUAACAUCUUAUGAUGGUGCUUCUGUUGCUGUCUUCUUCCCCAAACCAAGCUUCCAGAUCAAAGUAAAGGAUGAUCCAAUCCCAGCAAUCUGUAUGUUUGUUGCAUUUGAAUUAUCUUCUUCUACUUCUUCGUGUACCUUAUCACAGUAUAGUCCAAAUGUAUGGUCAUUUUUGUCAGUGCAUUCAGAUGCUUCUCUGGGUUCAAAGUCAUAGCUUCA